CCUGGCACCUUCAAGGAAUGUGACCCCAAGUGCAGAGAAUUGUUUCCCAUCCAGAUGGAAGGUGUGAAACUGACACUGAAUAAAGGUCUUAGCAACCAUUUCCAGGUGAAUCACAGCGUCGCCCUCAGCACUGUGGGCGACUCCAGCUACCACUUCGGGGUCACCUAUGUGGGCACUAAGCAGCUCAGCCCCACAGAGGCCUUCCCAGUGCUGGUGGGCGACAUGGACAACAGUGGCAGCCUCAAUGCCCAGAUCAUCCACCAGCUCUCGACCCGGCUGCGCUCCAAGGUGGCCUUCCAGACACAGCAGUCCAAGUUCGUGAACUGGCAGGUGGAUGGAGAGUAUCGGGGGGAGGAUUUCACGGCAGCAGUGACACUGGGAAACCCCGACAUCCUGGUGGGCUCAGGGAUCCUGGUAGCCCAUUACCUACAGAGCAUCACACCCUGCCUGGCGCUGGGCGGCGAGCUGGUCUAUCACCGCCGGCCAGGAGAGGAGGGCACCGUCAUGUCUCUGGCUGGGAAAUACACAGCACCAAACUGGAUUGGGACCUUGACAGUGGGGCAAGCGGGGGCCCAUGCAACCUACUACCAUAAAGCCAAUGACCAGCUGCAGGUGGGUGUGGAGUUUGAGGCCAGCACGCGUAUGCAGGACACUAGCGUCUCCUUUGGCUACCAGCUUGACUUGCCCAAGGCCAACCUGCUCUUCAAAGGCUCUGUGGACAGUAAUUGGAUCGUGGGUGCGGUGCUGGAGAAGAAGCUGCUGCCGCUGCCCCUGACACUGGCCAUGGGUGCCUUCCUGAACCACCGCAAGAACAAGUUCCAGUGCGGCUUCGGCCUCACCAUUGGCUAGAGCCCUCUCCUCCUCUUCCACCAGCCGUCCUCCCCUCAAUUCCAGUGUCCCCCCACCCAGUCUGCCAUGCGGUUUGAGCUGCCCUGGGACCCUUUGGCCCACCCAUCUGCGCUGGUGCUGCCCAGUUAAGCCCUGGAGUGUGGGGCUCCAGCCCCUUUGCUGCCCCAUGCAGGCACCUCUCCACAGGGCCACAGGAUAGGUCCUGACAGAGCCCAGGGGUCUGAUCCCCAGGGCGAGCCCCUUAGUUUGGCGGUUCUGGCACUGUCCUGUUCCGGUCACCUUGUCUGCUCCUCGGGACAGGUCCCUGGGGGCUGCUCAGCCCCAAACACAAGGUUCGACCCUCUGGUGGGAGGGCAGGCGCAACCCUCCCUGCCUCAGGGCGGGGACCCAGUGUCUUGGACUUUGGGCUGCGGGCUGUCCUGGGACACCAGGUAGGGAGGGUGCGUGGGAACCCAGUGACAGGAUAACCCCCCCACACCCGGUUCCCUGUGUUGACAUCCUUCCUCACCAGAGGGCGCUGUGACCUCAGGAAGGGUCCUGCCCCUGGAGCAGCGGGAGGGGGGCUGGCUCUGUCCUGGGGCUGGGGUCGCUGUGCCUGUUGCACUGAGCGGGGAUCGGGGCAGGGUGGGUCUCACUCUCAACUGGUGGGGGUACACUGACCCUGCAACUGUCCGCCAGGGGGGGUUGGAUCCCUCCCCAAAGCUGCCCCAUCUCGGUGCAGCUGCGGGGAGAUUCUCCCUCUGUGCCAUUUACACCCCUCCCUUGUAUCGCCGGGGUACCAGUGGCUCUGCAGCCUCUUACCUCACACCCAGGGAGCUGUGGGGCAGACUCUGUGCCUGGGGUGAUGGGGCCACAACCUCUCUGGCUGCUGCACCCCAGCUCCCCUGCUCAAUCCUACCCCGCCCCUCCCAGCUGAUACUGAUCCAAAAAGACGCAAGGGACCUAUGGAGUGCUCUCUGCAACCACCAUGGAUUGGGGGUCUGUGUCUGUCCCCCCCUGACAGGAGGAGCAGCAGCUUGGGGGGCCCUGCCUGCAUCCCAUCCCCACCCAGCAGCACUGAGGAAUACCAGCACUUUGAGGGAGGGGUCCUGUCAGCCCCCCCAGCAGCACCAGGAGGAGCAGC